AUGGUGUGGGCAUUGUUGAGCAUGUCGAUGAUCGGUGGAGGAUGGGUAUAUUGCUCCAGAAAGAUGGAGUCGACGCGGGUGCUUUGUGAGCCCGGAGGUUGCAAGAUUGAGGAUCUAAGGGCGGGGGAGACAACGGUGCUCAUGAUCCCGAGGCACAAGAUGGUGAGAGGAGAGCUGGUCCGAGUGAAGAAUGGAGAGGUAGUGGACCCUAUCAAGCUCAGGAGAUCGGCGCAAAGAAAACUCGGCCAUUCCUACAACGUGGUCUACCUCGAGCCAGACUCGGAAGACCCUAGUCGCUAUGCGGCGGAGGCCAGGAGAGAAGCUGAACUCGCACGGAAGGACGCGCAGAGGGCCAAGUGGGCGAAGGACAGAGAGGAACGAGGAUUGCCCCCGAUCAAAGAGCCGGACGAACAGCGGCGGCAGGAGGCGAAGGCAGCAAGGGGAGGCGAUUUCGACGACGAGGAGCGUUUUCCCGGCGACGCCGCCACCAUGCGCGAGAAAAAUCGCCGGGAGAUUCGGAACAUGGAGGAAGCCCGAGGCAUGACGGCGGAGGAGCAUCGCGAACGGGGCCAGCAGGCCUUCGAAGAGGCAGCCAAGGCACACAAGGAAAUGCAACGCCGGGACCAACAGAUGCGACAGAUGGGCAACAAUCUGCACGACCGCGCCAAACCUCAACCUGGCACCGACAACAACAACAACAACAAGAAGCUGUCCCCAGAUGAUCCCGACAACAUCCCACCGUAA